AUGCAGCACCCACAGUGGCUGGAUCUUUACAGGGCAAAAAGCUUGGAUGACAUCCGACGGCUGGUCCGACGCUCCCGACUCCCCUCCGACCCCAACGCCGACCCCGCCGCCAACCUCACCCCGGAGCGCAUACAAGCCGUCCUCGACGCCCGCAACCGCCACGUCCCCAACUUCAUCAACAUGGUGUACGGCGACGCCCCCAAGCUCCACCACACCAUCAUCACCAAGAACCUGCAAAACUUCCAGUCCCAGGUCCUGCGCAGCCGUCCCCUCACCGACGACGAGAUCGGCGCCCUCGCCGACCACUGGAGCGCCUCCGCCAACAUCGCCCUCACCGCCAAGCCCUUUCCCAAGUGGGUCAACACCUCCCCCGACGUCUUUCCCACCAUCAGCCGCCCCAUGCUGCAGGGUAAAGCCGCCAGGAUCGCCUGGCACACCGCCCGCUUCGGCGUCUACGCCGUCAUGUGCAACUGGUUCGUCACGCCCUUCUUCCUCUCCUACGCCGGCGUGAGGGCGACGGUGAGCAUCUCGUCCGAUCCCCGGCUGCAAGAGGCCGUCAAGGAGUCGAACGAGGACCAAGAGGGCGAACACUCCACGGAAAGCUCGGACAGCUGGGGCGGUCGCACCUCGGACUCCCCUCAAGCUUCCCGCUUCUCCGAGACGGGCCAUUCCCAGACCACCCGGGAUGCCCCGCAGGAGCGCGCCUCUCAACCUGACCCUUAUACGUACCAACCACGACGCUCCGCCGCCGCCGCCGCCGCCGCGCCAUCGGAGCCCUCCUCGUGGGACAAGGACUCCGUCCUAGAAGAGCUCGAAGGGAGCGACGAAGAAGACAACGCUUCACCAGGCGCGCCGCCCCGCUCCCCGCCUUCCGAUGACGGCGUCUCCGCCUGGGAUCGCCUCCGAGAAAGAGCCCAGGCCGAGAAGAACGACGACGAACCUACCAGACGGAGGUGA